CUGCAGGCGUUCGCCGACUUUCUUUCGGAAAUGAAAGGGACGUUGUUAGUGCUGUGUGCCGCCUCGUGCUGCUGGCUGGCCGAAGCCACUCUUUCGAAAACGGACGCAAAGAAGCCCCACAAAGCCGAGGCUGAGGCGUCCCCGGCCGAGCUGCCCGUGACGGACAGAGGUCUUGUUGUGUCUGACCUGCACUGGAAAGACGUCGUGAGGGAGGAGAAGAGACACUGUGCUCACAUCAAGAAGACGUUUCCUGGACCAGUGCUCGGAUAUGUCACACCUUGGAAUUCUCACGGCUAUGACGUUGCCAAGGUGUUUGGCCCUAAACUCACGGCGGUGUCUCCAGUGUGGCUCCAGCUCCGCAGAAGAGCACCUGAAACCUUUGACGUGACGGGACUCCACGAUCACGACCCCGGAUGGGUUAAAGCUGUGCGCAAGUCAAACAAGAAAGUCAGAAUGGUGCCUCGGCUGUUGUUUGACGGCUGGUCCUACCAGGACUACAUGAGCGUUAUGGGAAGUGAAGAUGAAAUUGAGGAGCUUGCCAGUGAGCUGGUGGACGUAGCUAAGACUGAAGGCUUUGAUGGCUUCACCUUGGAGCUUUGGAGCCAAUUAGGAGGUAACAAAAGAAAGGAGCUGGUCCAUUUGGUCAAACAUGUAUGUGAGACUCUAACAUCUAAGAGAUUAGAGUGCAUCCUUGUUAUUCCACCAGCUGUGACAAGUACUGGACAGCCAGGGAUGUUUGGCAGGGAGGAGUUUGAGCAGCUGGCCCCUGUUGUUGACGGAUUCAGCCUCAUGACAUACGACUACUCCAGCGGUGCCAGGCCGGGGCCCAGCUCUCCUCUGCCCUGGGUCAGGGACUGUGUCCUCCAGCUGGCUCCCAACACUCAGUGGAGGCAAAAGAUUCUGCUUGGACUCAAUUUGUAUGGUAUUGACUUUGCAAGUCAGGAAACGGAGCCAGUUCUUGGGGCAAGGUACAUUGAAAUGUUACGAGAACAGAGGCCAAAGAUACUUUGGGAUGAAUAUUCUGGAGAGCAUUAUUUCAGUUACAAAAGGAACAAUGCAGUGAAGCAUGUGGUGUAUUACCCAUCAUUAAAGUCAAUCCACCUGAGGGUCUCUUUAGCUACUGAACUGGGAACAGGAAUUUCCUUAUGGGAACUUGGACAAGGACUGGAUUAUUUCUAUGAUCUUCUGUGA